AUGAGCUUCUCUGAGCACUUCUCCAUUGACAACAUCCCCUACGGCAUUGCCAGCAAUGACAGCCGUCCCAAGGGCGUAGCCACGAGACUCGGUGAUUCGGUUGUCUUUCUAAAGGACUUGGGCCUCGAGGUAUCCAAUCAGCUCCAAUCAGCCCUGGACCAACCGACUCUCAACGAACUGGCGGCCGUAGACAAAACCGAGCUACAGUCACUGAGAAAGAGCAUCCAAACCGCCCUGUCGGACCGUUCAGUGCUGUCGAAACAUGGCAACCCGAUCAAGGAUGUCCAAUUGCACUUGCCAUUGCAGAUUGGUGGCUUCACCGACUUCUCCUGCUCCAAAGAACACUUGUUGAAUGCUUCGGAAGCGGUCAUGGGACAGAAGUCUAUGCCACCAGCAGCGCCGUAUCUGCCCAUUGGGUAUGGAGGUCGACCCUCCUCAAUUGUCAUCUCGGGUACGAAGAUCACGCGUCCAUACGGUCAAUAUCGUGACGGAGACAAAGUUGGCUUCGGACCGUCGAGGGCUCUCGACUACGAGCUGGAGAUGGCGUGCAUCAUCGGAAAAGCGACUCUACUCGGUGAUCGUGUCUCUGUGUCUGAUGCCGACGAGCACAUAUUUGGUCUAGUCCUUCUCAACGACUGGAGCUCUCGUGAUAUUCAGGGAUUUGAGAUGAACCCUCUGGGUCCCAUGAAUGGCAAGUCCUUUGGGACCACCAUGAGCCCGUGGGUUGUAACCCUCGAAGCACUUGAACCUUUCGCGACACAGCCGCCAGUGAAGGAUAUACCCGCCCAGCCCUAUUUGUUGGACAAGAAAGAGAAGUCGAGUUACAAUAUUGCUUUGAAAGCGGAAGUGUUGGCGGACGGACAGGCGACAACAGUGUGCCAGGCGCAGCUCAGCUGGAUGUACUGGACGUUCCGAGAUCUCGUAGCCCAGCAGACGAUUAACGGAUGCAACAUCAAUACGGGCGAUGUUUUGGCUACCGGCACGGUGUCAGGGGCUGGCGACGAUGAGCACGGCUGUCUGCUGGAGAUGACCAAGGGCGGCAAAGUUGGAUGGAAGACGUCUGACGGGCAGGACAGAACAUAUUUGCAAGACGGCGACGGAGUGCGCAUGAGCGGAUACGCUGGCGACGGCGUAGGGUUUGGCGAGUGUGUUGGUUUCAUCGAACCGGCACGGGCAUUCUGA